AUGACGAGCGUGCUGGGCCACCUGACGAGCCUGGACUUCGACUCGCAGUACCGCGCCUGGCGCUCGUGUCCGCCCAGCCAGCUCUUCGACGCCGUCACCCACAUCUCCGUCGACAGGGACAAGCAGUCCAUUGCUAGGAACAUCCAGCAGCAGGCGUCGAGGGCCAGCGUUUUGUUCAUCUGGACGGAUUGUGAUCGCGAGGGUGAGCAUAUCGGUGGCGAGGUCCGUGAUCAGGCCAAGAAGGGGAAUCCGAGGAUUGCAGUCAAGAGGGCUAGGUUCAGCAAUACCGAGAGAGCGUAA